ACAGGAAAAGCGCCUUGCCCUGCAGUAACCUCCCCCAUCACUGCCAUAAGCGAGCAUCAGUUUAACGACACAUCUCUCAGUGAAGGCAACAUGCUUUUCGUUGCAUUAAAUAAAUAGUCUGCGUCUAGGUUUUGUAUUGCAUCAGAGACUGUAGUCGUCAUAAAAACACAGCCAUCUAAUUUUAGAAUGGCACUGCGAUGAGGAAGAUUUAGGCUACCUGUAAUUAUGGCUGAACAUAUUUUCUCAGCCCAUAUUUUAAAACAUUACUAGAUUUGGUCAUUAAACCAGUUCACUGCGGAGCACAGAUUUUUCUUCUUAAUGAGAGGCAAAAGCGGGGGCGAGCAGCCAUGGAUCCCUUCAGCCAGCUGAUUCUCGCCAUCUCAGUGACCAGCUUCUUCACUUUCCAGUGGCUGUUCCACAGCGCCAGCCCGUGGGUGUCGACUCGCGUAAGCGCAGGCUUCCUGCGGCUCAACCACAAACAGAGGAUAGAGUGGAACUCCAGGACAGUGUCCACAUUUCACGCCCUGGUGGUGGGACUCUUCUGUCUCUACAUCUUGCUCUUCGAUGACGCUGUCAAUGAAGAUCCAGUCUGGGGAGAUCCUACACUGGUGAAAAUAAAUGUGGGCAUAACAACAGGCUACCUCAUUUCUGAUCUGCUGCUCAUAUUUUACUAUUGGAAGGCUAUAGGGGACAAGUUUUUUGUAAUCCAUCACCUGGCAGCGUUGUAUGCUUACUACUAUGUACUGGGCCAAGGAAUGUUGCCUUAUUUUGCUAACUUCCGUCUGCUUGCAGAGUUCUCCACCCCCUGUGUAAACCAGCGCUGGUUCUUUGAAGUGUUAGGUUACCCAAAAUCGUCCAAACCCAACAUUGCCAAUGGAGUGAUGAUGGCAGCCAUAUUCUUCCUGGUGAGGAUUGCGGUCAUGCCGGUGUACUACAGCCGCAUGUACACCGUCUACGGCACGGAGGCCUUCUACAGGGUGUCCUGGGGCGGGCGCAGUGCCUGGAUCUUCUCCAGCUUCUGCCUGGACAUCAUGAACGUCAUGUGGAUGCACAAGAUCGCCCGCGGAUGCUACAAGGUCCUGCGUUCGGGCAGACGGCGUAAAGCGGACGCGCAGGAGAACGGGAAGACGGAGUAAGCACAGGGCCGAGAGUGGCGGGACGGGCCGUUGAGAGACGCACCUCACACGCGCGGGGAUUAUCCUGCCCACAGCCUUGCCUGUGAGUAUCGACUGUCUCCCGCGAGUCACGGGCCCGGAAGAGAUGCACAAUAACAGACUAUCCCAGAUUCUGCAUUUCCUUUUUAAACCUGAACUACACCUGAAAUGCAGGCACUAUGGGACUAUCGGGUGCAGCUGUCGUGUGCAUGGCCAAUUUUCUUUCUUUUUUUAAUGUAAAAAGUUUAUUUACAUUUGGCACUGCAGUUUGUGAUUAGGUCCAAAUUGAUGUUUUAAGUUUUGUACUUAAAUGGAUCAGCAUUUUCACAUACUCACAUACUGCCCAUGCUCCCAUCCAAUGCCCCCCGUGGACCACGUUUUGAUUUAAUUGUCACUGAAGAGCUGGGCUGAUGAACACUGGAAGAUGAACCAUACAUAUUUGGAGAAGGUGAUUCAGGGUAGGAGACUGGUAUGCUGAACUGUACGGUAAAGCAAACCAGUCAUUCUGAACUAUACAGUACAACAUACCAGUCAUUCUGAACUGUAUAGUGCAGCAAACCCAUCAUUCUGAAUUGUACAGUACAGCAUACCAGUCAUUCUGAAUUGUACAGCACAACAUACAAGUCAUUCUGAAUUGUACAGCACAACAUACCAGUCAUUCUGUAUUGUACAGUACGGCAUACAAGUCAUUCUGAACUAUACAGUACAGCAUAUCGGUCAUUCUGAAUUGUACAGUACAGCAUACCAGUCAUUCUGAACUAUACAGUACAGCAUACCUGUUAUUCUGGACUCUACAGUACAGCAUACCAGUCAUUCUGAACUGUAUAGAGCCAGUCCACUGAACUGAUGUGUCAGGUGCAAUAUAACAAAGGAAAGUGAACUAAAUGGAACUGAAGAGGAUUUUCUGGGCUUGUCUUAUGGUCCAUUACUUGAGCAGUCACUGUGAUUAAGAGCCAAUAUUCUUACAGAAGAGAGCAAGGUGCACUGUCAGCUGGAGAAGUCAUGCCAACGCCUCUGUAGAUUGGAUAAAUGAAAAAGCUGAGAUAAGCUACUCAGAAUGUGUUUAAGUAGUGAUUACACACCAGUACAUUCUGUUCCAGAAUUUAAAGUACAAUAGAAUGCAUUUAUUUUUUAAAAAUUUUUUUAACAUAAGAGGGGAUUAAAGUGCACUUAUGUCUGUCUGACAUACCAUAGGAUAUCUCACAUAGUUUGCCUCUUAAACUUGACCAGUGAGGCAGAGAGAGCUGAUAAAAUGUGCCGACUUGAAGGAUUUUUACUGUUGUGCAUCAUGUGAGAUUGAGACAGGAUUCUGACACAUUUAUUACAAAUAUUGUGUUCAGUCAGAUGGAGUAUAAAAUACAUUUGAAAACCGUUAUGAUUUGUACAUUACAUUUUCAAACAGCUGGGAGGUAAAUGCCAUAUUCUGUACUCGUGAAACAAAAUUAGGCGGUAGGGUUCAACAUGGUGAGAGUUUUAAGUUUUUAUCUUUGAGAUGUCCACAAUAUUAACAUUUUCUUCUUUGUACAGUGAGCUGGUGCAUGCCACAGUCUUGUUCUCCAAAUGUUUUCAUAUUAAAUGUAGAGAUGUAAUCGAGCGUUAUUUGACAAGUAAUUUGAUGUACUGCAUUCAAUCAAUACUGAAUUUGAGUUGAAUAGCAUUAGAAUCCGUUUGAAAGAAAAGCGCAAUGCCAUAAAAUUAUGUCUAUUGUACAAUGACUAAUGUACCCUGUGGACAACGACAAUUGCACGUCUGGGACCUUGCACUUUGAUGGCAGGACCUUUUCUACAUCAUAUCUAAUUUAUGGCAAAACCAGUGAAUUACUGGACCAGCACGUCUAUGUUUGUACUUGCAUAUUUAUUAUAUUAAUGGAACUGUAUGACAUAUGGCUUAUAAAUGGUGUUUGUGACAUUUCUACUGUAGAUAUAAAAGGAAGAACUCACCGAGCAGUGACACAUUAGUUAUAAUCUAUUGAGGGUGCAUCUGCUUUCACUAUGCUAUUAGCACUUUAGUAUAGAAUGCACAUUUUUUGCCAUGUACACUUGUACAUCAAAGGGAAAUCCAACUUCUCUGCCAGUGAUUGUCUCCUGUGUUUCAGAGUUGGACUGAUGGCAUAAGCACUGAAAAUGAAACUGAUAGGAAUGGAACUUGGUGUAAUGGCAAAGUGCCACUCGUUUCACCCUCUCGCACCUCCGUUUAAGGCUUUUCUUUCUAUUUGUACUUGAAAUAUUUAUGUUUUUUUUUUAUUUUUAUUUUUUAACUUUUUUUGCUGGGCACUGAGGCAGGUUUAAAUGGAGUUCUCGUCUGUGGAAAUCCAGAGAAAGCAAGCUUUAUCAACAGCCUUAAUGUGUUCUGUAGUGGUCAUUUGUGCAAGUUGCCUUUUUAAAAACAUUUUACUUAAGAUACUGUAUCUUAAAUAAAAACCACAUGUUCCUAAGUGAUACUUUGUAACCAUUAUAGCAUGCACUAUUUUCAUGUAUAAUUUAUUUAAAACAAAGUUAAGAGUAAGCAAGCGGUAUAUUCUUGCUUGCCAACAUCAGUUUGUGGUUAUUUGGUGAGGACAGGCCUACCAUACUUUUAUGUACAUGUAUUGCCAUCAGUAGAGUAUUGCUGUGGCACAUUUCUUGGUAUUACAUUAGUCCUGUGGGCUUGCAUUUAGUAUUGCAUUUAAAUGUUCUUCAUUGCUUCACAGAAGAUCUUUCCUUCAGUCCCAUGCAAUUUCGAUUUUCAAUUAUGUUAUGAAGUAAGCCAUCAAUAUCACAAACUUGAAUUUCAAGGGAGGCUUGUAUGUCUGUCCGGGGGAAAGGGAUACCAGGGGUUGAAAUGAAUGUGACCUUCAGUUAGUGAACUGCAUAUUUUGAAAUUUAAUGAAGUUGUAACAAUUAUUGAGUGUCCAUUCGUACGUUACUUGUAAUGUCCCAGCUAAAGAACUGAUUUGCCGAUUUUAUUUUUUUCCGUAAGAGGGGGCUCAUAUGUGCAAUAUGUCAACAUUUGUUUGCUACUGUAUUAACAGUGUACAGGCCAUUGGUCAUUCCUUUGUCAGGGCACUGCUUAAGACCAAUAGGCACUGAAUUAGGCUACAACAAGUAACAAUGUGGAAUGGUUGUUCAGGGAUGUUGGUUGAGAGGAGAUAAGGGGCACUGCUGUUGUGUCUCAGCAAGGUAUUUGCCUCUGCUGACUUGGUAAAUAUGCAGUGUAAACUAGGUAUAUUUGAGUCUACUCUUCAGCAAAUCAUGUAACAAACAGCAUAUACUGUAUGAGAAUAUAAAUGUAGUGUGGAGAAUAUUCUUACUUUAACUCAAAACGCAUGCAUUUUUCUAGGAGCUCAAGGAAUUCAUGUGCUUUCAUAUUUAGCUUUUUCUCUGUGUUUUAUACUGUAAAUCAUCUGCAUUGGGAACCAUGGCAUAUGUUGAUCUUUGGCUGGGAUAUAGAAUUAAUUCACAAUACUGACAAUAUAGAGAUCUUAUUCAAAGAAUGUAUAUAAUACAUGGAGAAUGAAUGUCCAUGAUGCCCUCCAUUUUAUUAUUUCAUAUUCUUUUGAUUUGUAUAAAUCAUGUUUUUUUCUGACGAUUUCCAAUUAUUUUAAAAUUAUUGUAAAGGUUACUUUUCUUUCUGUCAAAUUGUGAGGUUGCCGGACUGUUUCUGAGAUGAACAGUACUUGAGAUAAACACUGAGAUUUCACCCAUAUGCUGGAGAUUGGUGGGAUAUUGUAGGAAUCUCUGUGAUUAAGAGUCAACAGAAGAUGUUGCGUCCAAAGAUGUUUGUAAAAAGGUUAUUUUAAAUUCAGAUGCAUUUGGAACUGUGUAGACAUAGAAGUCUGUGAUCAUGUUUACAGAAGAGAACCUGUAGAGGUUGAAGUGUAAUUCUGCAAGUAGUGAGUGACAUCAGUGUUUUCUGAUUUUAAGUGCUCAUGGAAAAGGUAUGUUUAUGUGAAUGAAGGGGCCAGGUCCUUAUUUUCUAAAGGUUUUAUUCAUUCAUAAUUCAAAACUUUCUAGUGUCAUGAUUUUACUCUGAAAAUGUAAGCCAUUAUUUUUUGCCUGAAUAAAGCAAUACAUUCAUUAGAAUAUAUAAUGUCAAUAAACUAUUCAGAUUGAA